AUGGCCGACGACGAUGAUGGAUUACAACUCAAUAUUUGUUAUUUAAAUAAAGCACCACCAAAAAAGAAAUCAGAUAUUGAUGAAGAUGCAUUUUUUAAAGAAAAUAUUAGUAAUAAUAGUAGAUUUUCAACAAAUAAACUUUAUAAAGGAAAACAAACAAAUGAAAUAAAUAAUAAUAAUAAAAAUAAUAAUACCCAAAAUAAUAAUUAUAGAAAUAAUAAUAAUAAUAAUAAUAAUAAUAAUAAUAAUAAUAAUAAUAAUAAUAAUAAUAAUAAUAAUAAUCAAAACAACAAUUAUAGAAAUAAUAAUCAAAAUAAUAAUCAAAAUAAUAAUAAUAAUCAAAAUAAUAAUCAAAAUAAUCAAAAUAAUCAAAAUAAUAAUAAAAAACCAACAUAUUUAGAAAAAAGAAUUGCACUUGAACAAAAGCAAAAAGAAUUAAAAGAAUCAAAAGGACCACAAGUUCAUAGAUAUAACAGUAAUAAUAAUAAUAAUAGUAAUAAUAACGAAUCAAAUAAUAUAAAUACUACAAAUUCAAAAAAUGAUACUAUAAAUAAAUUUAAAUUAGCAGAAAAAAAUGCUGAAAAAGACGAAUUAAAUAGACCAAUUUUAGAAAAUAUUGAACCAGCUAUAUCAAAAUUAGAAUCAUUUGAAACUUUUAGUUCAAUGAAUUUUGGUUCAUUACAAUUAUCAGAAACUUUAGUUAGAAAUUUACAAGGUCAUAUGAAAUUAGUGAAACCAACACAUAUUCAAGAGGCAUCCAUCCCAACAAUUCUUAAGGGCAGUGAUGCAUUAGUCAAAGCUCAAACUGGUAGUGGUAAAACAUUAGCAUAUUUAAUACCAGUAGUACAAAAAUUAACUGAACAACGUGUUUCUCGUGCUGAUGGUUGUUAUUGUGUUGUAAUUUCACCAACUAGAGAAUUAGCAUUACAAAUUUUUGAUGAGCUCCAAAAACUUUUAAAACCAUUCUAUUGGAUAGUUCCAGGUUUAAUUAUGGGUGGUGAAAAUAGAUCUGCAGAGAAAGCUCGUAUUCGUAAAGGUAUAAAUAUAUUGGUUGCAACUCCUGGUAGAUUAUUAGAUCAUCUUCAAAAUACCAAAACUUUCCCAACUCAUAAUAUCAAGUGGUGUAUAUUGGAUGAAGCUGAUAAGUUAUUAGAUUUAGGUUUUGAAAAAGAUAUUACCACAAUUAUCAAUAUUUUAGAUGAAAAAAAGAAAUCAAAUGGUGUACCAAGACAAAAUGUAUUAGUUUCCGCUACUCUUAGUGAUGGUAUUUCAAGAUUAGCUUCCAUCUCUUUAAAGAAUCCGGUUUACAUUGGUUUAGAUCAAAGAGCAUUGGAAUCUGGAGAAAAUCCAUUCGAUGCUGCAAUGAAAGAAGAACUUUUAGCACCAAAACAGUUAGAUCAAUAUUUUGUUGAAGUCGAAUCAAAGGAACGUUUAACUUCGUUGGUUUCAUUUAUUAGAUGGAAAACUUCAAAUAUCAAUACCGAUGGUUCAAAGAGUGUCAAUAACGAGCAACAAAAAAUGAUUGUUUUCUUUUCUUCAUGUGAUUCAGUAGAUUUCCAUUUUUAUGCUUUCACACAUUUAAAAAUGGACAAAGAAAGAGGUUUAUCAAAGAGCAUUAAAGAAAAAUUAAGAGAUGAACGUAAGAAACAACAAGCUAAACAACAAAGUUCAAAGAUUUUCCAUACUGGUAAUAGUGAUGAUGAAGAAAGUGAUGCCGAAAGUGAUGGUGGUAAUGAUAAUGGUAGUGAUAGCGAUAACACCGAUGAUGAAAAAGAAAAAAUCAAUACAGAUUCAGUAAGAAAUACAAGAUCAAAAACAAGUGUAUUCUCAGUACCAGUAUUUAAAUUACAUGGUGAAUUAGAUCAACAAACUAGAACCAAAACAUUCUUUGAUUUUAAAAAUUCAUCCAAUGGUAUUUUAUUAACAACAGAUGUUUCAGCUAGAGGUUUAGAUUUACCAUCAGUCAGUUGGAUUGUUCAAUACGAUCCAUGUUCAGACACCAAAGAUUAUAUCCACAGAAUUGGUAGAACUGCUCGUCUUGGUAAUGCCGGUAGUUCAUUAUUAUUCCUUUUACCAAGCGAAAAGAAGUAUAUUCAACAUUUAGAGAAUUAUAAAUUACAAAUUAGAGAAAUGAAGGUUACAUCCAUUCUUCAAUCAUUGUUCUACACAUCAGAGGGCCAAUUAAAAAAGAAUUCAAAAGCAUCACAGUUAGAAUCUAUUGUUCACGAUCUUCAAUUACUCUUUGAAAGAUUUUUAAUUUAUGAUUCAAAAGCUAAAGAAUUAGCCCGUUGUGCCUAUCAAUCCUCAUUAAGAGCCUAUGCAACCCACAAAGGUGACGUUAAAUCAAUUUUCCAUAUUUCUCAUCUUCAUUUAGGUCAUGUUUCAAAAAGUUUUGCUUUAAGAGAAACCCCAACCGAAUUAAACAAGAUGUCUGCUGGUAUUAAAGGUGCCAAAGCUGCAAAGAAAGGUGAUGAAAGUACUCUUCAAAAGCAAACCAUUGAUUUCAAAAUGAAAAGUUAUAAAUCAGUAAAUGAGUUUAGUGAUGGUUUAAAUGACCAACCUUUACAAAAGAGCAAUUUCCAUUAUCAAUCCGAAAGUGGUACAAUUCAUAAUAUUUUCCAACGUCAUUUUGAUAGAAAUAAACAAAAUGAUGAUUCAGAUAAUGAAGACAAUGAUUCAAAACAAAAGAAAAGAAGACUAUAUGAUAAAAAAAUUAAAGAUAAUUCUAAAAAAUUUAAAUCUAAAUAA